AGGCUGCUAUUGCAAAAAGGAAACCAACAUUGAUUGCAGAACUCAAAGCUGUAUUUGUUGCAAAUGGGCAAAACUAUCUCAGGAAAUAUGCCAGGAAAUGGUUUCAAAAUACAAAACAAAACUGCCAGCUGUAAAGGAAGCAAAGGGUGGGUGUACAUAAUAUAAUAUGUGUGUGAUUUCUAUAAAUUCAUUGCUUUUUUAUUUUCAGAAAUUGCCUAAUUUAGUCAUGUGACCAUCGAUAAAAUGAACUGUUUUUAACCAGCUCUUCCACACGCAUUACAUAUUACUUAUAUAACAAUUUACACUUUGCAUACUGUAAAGUAGUUCUAACACGUAUUUUCCUGGCAUUAGUACAUUGAACUUAAUUCAAAACACGUGGUUUUCUCUGAGCUGGAGAGUUUACAGAGAAACGAAACUCAGCAUUCACUCUUUCAAAAUAGUCUCUGUCUCCUCACAGUAACUACUGUACAACCAGCACAUACCAAUGGUAAAAGUAUUCCUCCUCUCCUUCAGCUCUGACGUUUGGGACGUGGCUUGUGCUGUAGGAAAUUGUCGACUCAACUCAGCACAAGUUAAACUUUCCUUAUUAAAAACAUAAAAAAUCGCAGCGCAGAAGAGACGUUUAACGGUAUUCAAAUCUAAAAGAAAAACAUGGCUGCUUAUGACUUUAAUUUCCUGCUGGCGACUGACUCCUACAAGAUCACACAUUACAAGCAGUACCCUCCAGACAUCAGUAAAGUGUAUUCUUACUUUGAGUGCCGCAGAAGAAAAGGAGACCGGUUCAAAGAGGUUGUGUUUUUCGGCCUGCAGUAUCUUCUGAAGAAGUAUCUUUCAGGCCAGGUUGUAACAGAAGAAAAGAUUCAGCAGGCGAAACUGAUUUAUCAGUUGCAUUUUAAACAAUCCAUUUUUGACGAAGAAGGCUGGAGACGAAUUCUAGAGAAACACGAUGGUCGCCUUCCAAUCCGUAUCAAAGCCAUUCCUGAAGGAAGGAUCAUUCCCCGUGGGAACGUCCUCUUCACAGUGGAGAACACAGACCCUGAAUUCUACUGGCUCACCAACUAUAUUGAGACUAUGUUAGUCCAGAUGUGGUAUCCCAUCACUGUGGCAACCAUUUCUUGGGAGUUUAAAAAGAUCUUGGCAAAGUAUUUGAAGGUGACUUCAGGAAGCCUGGACGGGCUGGAGUAUAAACUACAUGAUUUUGGCUACAGGGGUGUUUCUUCUCAAGAGUCCGCUGCCCUGGGUGGUGCAGCCCAUCUUCUCAAUUUCUGCAGCACGGACACAGUGGCAGGUCUCCUUAUGGCUCAGCAGUACUACAGCUGCCCCAUGGCGGGUUUCUCAAUCCCAGCAGCAGAACACAGCACCAUCAUCUCAUGGGGCAGAAACCGGGAGGAGGAAGCCUUUGAAUAUUUGCUGGAACAAUUCCCUUCCGGUCCCAUCUCCAUUGUCAGUGACAGUUAUGACAUUUUCAAGGCCUGCAAACACAUCUGGGGGGACAAGCUGAAGGAGCGUGUCAUGGAGCGGAACGAAGGCUCAACGGUGGUUAUUAGACCGGAUUCGGGGGAUCCACAAGAGACUGUUAUUGAGGUGUUAAGGAUUUUGGAAGAGUCCUUUGGAAGUUCACUGAAUUCAGUUGGCUACAAACUGCUUCCCUCUUGCAUCCGAAUCAUACAAGGAGAUGGAAUAGAUAUUCACUCCAUUGAAAAGAUUCUGAAAAAACUGAAAGAUGAGGGCUGGAGUGCAGAAAAUCUCAUCUUUGGCUGUGGCAGCGCUCUGUUACAGAAGAUCAACAGGGACACCCUGAACUGCGCCUUUAAAUGCAGCUAUGUUGAAACCAAAGGAAAAGGGAUGGAUGUGUAUAAGCAGCCAGCCACUGACCCAUCCAAAGGUUCAAAGAGAGGUCAACUAUCUUUAAGGAGAAACUCAAAUUGGUUUAUAGAAACCAUAGAGCGAGGGAAUGGAAAGCCUGAGGAGGACAUGUUGGUCACGGUUUUUGAAAACGGGACCAUUGUUCAAGAAUACUCGCUGGAAGAAAUCCGAAAGAAUGCCAGGUUAUGGGAGGAGGACUUGGCAAAGCUGCAGCAUAAUGAAGAUGCUUUGAAUAGGGAAUGUAUAAUGAACGGGAUGCACUGAACAUGUGCAGAUGCACAUUUUAACAUUAUAUCUGACAUAUUUCUGGUAGGGACCAAUGAAAUACACUAUUCUGUUUCAAUGGGGGCGAAAUCUAUAUGCAUACUUGAUUACUUUGUAGGACAGCUGUUCUGACGUUGAGGAUAAUUCAUUUAUCUGUUCUAAACCCAAUCCCAUGUAUUCAUCAGAACAUGUUGUUUACACUAUCACAGUCUAGAUUUGUAUUUCAAAGUAUAGUUUUUACUGAAGUGUGCUUAACUGGUGUACCUCAGGCUUUGAUCUGAUAAUUUAUAAUGUGUGUGAGAGAGACCGACUGACAUACUCCAGAAAUAUGGGCAAUUGACAUGAUAACAUUAGGAUUCCUCUUUCUGGGGUUUUGUUGAGUUUCAUUGUAUUCUACAUGCAUUUCUAUUAAUAAGGUCUAGAUGGAAUAACUUUUUUGUAUUCAGCGCUGCAGGUUGGAUAACAACACACUUGCCCCUUCAGUUAUUCGGCCAGCCUCGUUUGUGGAAUAACUACAUUCCACACAGUAGGUGACUAUUCAUAUAAAUAGCCCAUAACAAUCCUAUUAAGCAUUUAUCACUUUCAGUUGUCCAGUUUUAACAAACAGCUAAAACUAUUAAAAACACCAAACAGGCCUUGUUCCAUCUAAGAAGUUGUUUUGUCAGUAUUAAAUCAGAAUUAUAGCAUUGCUGUACUUUUUAAUGAAGCUGUAGAUUUUUAUUUCAGGCAUAAAUGAGUUUUUUAGUAUAAAGUACUAACUAAAUAUUUGAAGGCAAAUGCUGUAAUCAAAUCAAAUAACUGAGCAAGCAGUCAUAAAACCACACACACUGGCCAUGUUGCCUUUUAAUUGCUCCUCCUGGAAUUUGGAAAGUGUGUAUUUUAAGGUACAGUAUAGGAUUUCGACUUUAUAAAUCUAUAGUAAAGAAUUCUGCUCACUGAUUAAAUGUAAUAUUUUGUACAGGAAAGCCAUAUUUCUGUUUUGGUUGAGACACGUUGUGCAGCAGCUUCUGUAUUUUUAAAUUAGAUCAAUAAUGAAAUGUAUCUUUUUUAUAUGCUGCUGUUCUAUAUUUUAGUUGUGAAAUUAAUAGGUCUUGCUCUUUCUUAAAUAUGUAGGUUUGUGGGGGGUUGAUUGUAUGUUUUUCAAUAUAUCUGUGAAUUAUACACUGCUCAGGAUCUUUCAGCCAAUCAGAGCACACGCUUCACCUUCUAUAUUCUACAACACAUCAUAGAGAAACCGUAUGCAUGUCACCUGCUUAAAAAGAAAAUCCCAUCUUUGAGGGAUCCUAAUAUGUAUUUGAUUCUUGGUAUGUUAACGUGCGUCUCUUCAAAUUGCUCUUUUAUACAAAUCCACUAAAAUAUUUCGCACUUGAAAAAUAAUCCACUGGAUUCAGGUUUUUCUUUAACUGAAGACAGAUUUCCCCAAGCCCUCUACUGUGACAGAAGGGUAGCCUUUUGCAUGCUUGAGUGUCCUAUACCUGAAUCCGGUCCUGUUUCUUACAUUUUAAAUAAGGGCUCCAAGUGAAGAGGACAGAACUCAGAUGUUACUUGAAAGUGGACUGUCUUUGUAGCUUAGUUUUGAAGUUAUUUUUUCUGAGCACAAUAUACAGCAUCUUCAUUGUGUUAAGCAGGGCUGGCAGUUGGCUUUUGAAAAUCCCCUGCUGGUAGUCUGAAGAACUGAAGGUGGUGAAUUAUUUGAAGAACUUUUGAUGUGCAGAGAAGUAAAGCAGUGAAGAAGAAGCAUGUGGAGUUUGAGUGCACAUUAAACAGUCCAUACAUUACAUAUUUGUUUAAUAGUCGUUAGAUAGCCGUUGAUUAUGGUGACCACUGUAACCUAGGGUCUGUUCAGGCUCUUGAUGUAUCUGUUAGCUUCUGUCUUUCUGUAUUCUGGUGUAUUUACUUGCGUGUUAAUGCCUUUGGAGUUUAUGAAAUGGAUAUGGCUUUUUGACUCUGAGUGAUUUACAUUUGAGCAGUAAUGUGUAUAAGAAUAUAACAUUGUUUGUUUGUUUUUGUCUUAUUUAUUGUGUGAUCAAUCAAAAAAAAAAAAAAAACGUUUUACAUUUAUUAUCAGGGAUUUUACUAAAUACCAGGAAUUUUGAGAUACCUGGACUGAAAAACUAUUUGUUAAAUAGCUGUAAUAGUGUCUUAUAUUUACAUUCUAAUGUAAAUAUGCUUUUUAUUCAUUUCUUGGCCAUUUUGGUCAAAGAAGGAAGUACAGGGCUAGUAUAAAAGUCGCCUGGCUUUGGGCAAUCAUGUAGAUUAUAUAGCCAUAGGGGUGGAUUUUAACCCUGGCACAGAACAAGACGUGGUGAAAGCAGUAAUGCAAUAAUUAUGCUGUUGAUGCCUACAGGUAUACUGUAUGUGCAGAUCAUGUGGUUAAUUAAAGACAGAAUAAGCAGCUAUAAAACUGUGUGUUUUGAGGGUUUGUAUCUUUUGAUUCAGCCUUGUUAAACCAGGAGUCUGUAUUUACUGGUUAUUGAAAAUAGUUCAUUAACUAAGCGAUAUGUUUAGUUGUUUUUUUGCAUCAUUGCGUUUGCAGUGGCUUGUUUUGUGCCAGCUCCAAGAUGCAGCUGUAUGCCACAGCAAGUGUGGAUAUACCCCAAGUGACAACGAUGUACCACCUGCUAGUAAAUAGUUAGCUGAUGGGCUAUAAUGGAUUAUUUCAGUAUUUACAGUAUAACUAUAUACAGCUAACAAAUAUGAUGCAAAUAUAUAGCUGAUUCUUCCAGACUUUUCAGUGACUUGUGUCAAGUUCUUUAGCAUUCAGGUAAGCUGGGUCUUUGCUCUUGCUGUUAUCGUGUUCACCUGAGGACGAUAGUGGGGAAAUCAAGUGCUGGUCAUUGAAAAGUGUCUGUAGAACGGCUUCAAGCACAGUGUUUCAGGGUUUUUUUUUUUUCUUUUUUAAUCGAAUAGCCAUAAUAUUGCUGAAUAGAGUGCUUGUUUCAGUUUUAGAGAGCACUGCCAUCCUUAUACUGUAACAGACUUCUUUUUAAAUGUCAUUUUAAUAUAGUUCUAAAGUAUAGUGUUUGUUUUUUUUUCUUUUCUCAGUUGAAGUAUUUUCAGCCUAUUUACAACUUUGCAGUGAACUACUAGUAUGUUCAAACACCUAUUAACACAUUGUAUUUUACUAUUGUAUAUUGAUGAUUAUUGAAAACAAAAUUGAAAUUGGCUACAAUACUAUUUUAUAUCUGUAAAGAACUAAUGUUUUUAAAUGCAAUGUAUCUAUGAUGUAGCAUGCUGUUUCUAAAGACAAUAUCAUUUUAUUUUUUGAUUUUACAGAAUAAAUAUUUAUUUUGUAUUGGGAUUGUGAAAAAGGGUGAAAUAAAGCUUAUGCAAUUUUCAAAAGUUCUCUAGUGCUUUUAACCCAUUUACAUGUUCAUCUCAUAAAAAAAUAAAUAAAUUAUGAUAC